AUGCACCAGCUUCGGCAAGGAUGGCGACGGACGUCCCGUGCGCAGCUAGCGGCAGCCGAAGAAGCAGUGCUUGCCAAAUACGUUCGCCAUUCCCGUCGCCGCCUCGGUCUCGUCGACCUCGUCCUGCCCGUCCCGACUCCGUCAUGUUCGCUCGCCGCCAUCUCACGCCUCUGGGCCUCUCGCUUUGCCAUCUUUGAGCCAAAGUCUUCCGCCGGCACCUCUGCCCACCGCGCCGCCUCCAUCCCUGCUGCGGCUGGUCGCCCUGGCGAGUCGCCACCUGCUGUGGAUGCCGUUACCGCCGGCAUCAACACCCUGAUCUUGCCCGGCGACGAGGUCGACAUCGAUGGCGAGUCGGACGAGACCGCCCUGGUUGUUGUCCAUGGCUAUGGCGCCGGGCUGGGCUUCUUCUUUCCUGUCUAUGACGCCCUGGCCGAGGCUGUUGGCCCGCGCAAAACCGUCUAUGCGCUCGACUGGCCGGGCAUGGGUGGUUCGACCCGGCCAGCAGCUCUUCGCCGUCAUCUCAAGCGGCUCAAGUCCGAAGCCGACGCCGGCGUCCGAACUGGCGAUCACGCCCGCCUUGCUGCCGCUGUGGAUGCCUGCGAGCACCUCUUUGUUGCCGGCCUUGAGGCCUGGCGCGAGGCGCACGGCAUCAACCGCAUGGCGCUUGUUGGCCACUCGCUUGGCGGCUACCUCGCCGCCGCCUACGCCAUGACCCAUCCAGACAAGCUUUCAUCACUUGUCCUCGCCUCGCCGGCGGGCUUUACCCGUCGCGCUGCCACUGAUGCGCCUGCAGCGGGCGCGGAUGGUGCUAACCACGGCGCCCGCCAGCUCCCGGCUGCGGCGCACGUCAUCGCGCAGAUGUUUGAUGCCAACGUCACGCCGCAAACCGUCAUCCGGUUGUUGGGGCCGUAUGGCCAUCGGCUUGUGGCUGCAGCCGUCGAGCGCCGGUUCGCUCACGUCCCGCCGGACGCCCGCAGGCUCAUCGCCGAGUACCUCUACCACGUCUCGGCAGGCGACGGAUCGGGCGAGUAUGCCCUGGGCGUUUUCUUCCGUCUCCAUCUCGGCGACACAGCCGGCGCGGAUCAUCGGGGCCUCCUCCCUCACGCCCCACUCAUUCCACGGCUGGAGGACGCGCUUGCCUCUGGCAGCCUUCCGCCCACCUCCGUCCUCUUUGGCGACCACGACUGGAUGCUCAACCGCGGGACAAAGGCCGAUCUCGACACUGCUCCGUCGCCCCUCCGCGACAACACCAUCAUCGUUCCCACUGCCGGACACCAUCUGUACAUGGACAACCCAUCCGGCUUUGUCGAUGCCAUCAUGGGCUCUGUUCGCAACAGCAAGGGCGAGGGCGGCGACAAGGGCUCGUCGCAGGCACCGCCGUCGGCCUCUGCAGUCCGCCGACCGCAGUUCUCGUGCGACCCGGUCGACCUGAGUCGACAGCGGCAGGCGGCGUCAAGCUCACGUUCGACGGCGUCGUGGAGCUCGCGAUCGACCUCGCAGCCGUCGUCACGGACGUCAAAGUCGUCGCAGAAGCAGCAAGCGCUCGAAAUGGCCCGCAUGGACUGUCCACUCGAGACGCCCAACCCAUGCAUCCGCCACGUGCCCGGCGAGGCCAACCCAUUCUUCGACCCGGGCGCCCGGACCGUCAUCUACGUCCACGGCUGGCAAAAGACGACCACUAUCCGUGGCUUCCGCGAGACCUUUCACUGGAAGGCCAACGCGCCGGCACAUGGGCUCGACGUCGACGUCGCUGCCGCCUGGCUUGACGACGGUUGGAACGUCGGCAUCUUCUACUGGAACCAGUACGCCGAUGAGCCGGCGCUUCGCCACGCCGAGGCCAAGAUAUGGACCGCCUCAUCGAAGGUCGGCAUGCGCUGGCGCCGUCUCGUUGUCGAGAUGGACGGCCCGGUCCCGAUGCGCAAGACCGUCCAUGCCUCGUCGCCACCGUCCACACCUUCGGUUGCACACCUUCUCUGCCAGGCCUACAUCGCCCUCUACGCUGCCGCAGACGAUGCAACCCCGCCAACACCGUCAGACAUCCGCCUCGUUGGGCAUUCGCUCGGCGCCCAGGUCGUCGUCGCCGCCGCACACGAGCUCCAUCACCAGGCCGCCGCGGGUGCCCUUCCGAACUGGCUCCCGCUUCCCACGCGCGUCACCCUCCUCGACCCAGUGUUCACCCCGGGCAAGAAGAGCUACCUCGGCCGCCGAUCCAUCGGCACCACCCUGCGCAGGCUUGUCGAUGCCCUCGCCCGCUACGGUCUCGCUGUCGAGUCGAUCAAGUACUCCAAGGUCAACGAGCUCUGGUCCGGCUCGGACCGCAGCAAACGCGUCCGCCUCCACGCUGCCCAUGUCGACAUGCGGUCCGAUCCGGCGUCCAUUCCCAAGCAUGCCAUCACACAUCGCCACUCCUCCGCGCCCUCGCACUACUUUUUCGCUUACGCCCCGCGUCGCCCAUCCGAGCACGCUCUCGAGGAGGUCGUCGAGAAGCGCCGCGGCCUUCUCGGCAAAAAGUCGUACGCCACCGUCGGUCCGUGGUACCCGCUCCCGCGCCGCUCCCACGCAGAAAUCCGCGAAAUGAUGGACUCGAUGUACCGCUGGAAGCAGAUCUCUGCACACUCGUGGCUCCGCACCGAGCACGCCUCGUAGCGCCAGCCCGCUGCAGCCUGACUGUCUGAUGCAUGCAUUGCUGUCAUUCGUGUCAGCAGCGAUUGGCAACGAUUCCGUGAGGGUGUUGUUGUUGAGGAGGAAACUAGCUGGGCUGAUCAAGAA